AUGCACUCGAUCCUAUUCGUAGCAGCAGUGAGCGCAAUCAGUGCUCUUGCAGCUCGCCGCCGUCUCGGUGCCAAUACCCCCGUCAAGGAGCCCAGCUCAUCUCCCGAGCCUGAAGAGUCAUCGUCAGCAAGAACAAACUCCUUCAAUAUACUACAGACCUUGAAGCGUCCGAAUGAGCCUCCAAAGUCACCCAAGAAGAAUGGAUCAAGAGGGCCUCUUGGUCGUGGUGAAACGAGAGCGCCGACCUCACAAGGCGGCAAGAUGAGCGAUGCUUUUACUCAAGAUGCCACUUCUUCAUCUUCUCGAGUAAUGUACUCAUCUUUCGUGCCCAAUAAAAACAACUGCCGUACUACAACGAAGGGGACCGUCACAUUGAAGCUCAGAGACAGCGAGCGAUUCAUUGUCAUUGGAAGCUUUGGAAUCAAAGUCUCAGCUGGAGAAGCGACGGUCUAUGGAGCCUCUCUGAGGCCAUCGGAUACGAUACACUGGGUUCAUGCCCCUCACUGUCACGCAAUUCCCGUCAUCAGAACCUCAGAAAAAGUCACCCUGGAGCUUCACAGUGAUCCGAAUGCGGACGGUCUGCGGCGAUUAAGCCGUCUAUCGCCUCUUUUCAGAGGUAUAUGGGGCGAGUCUAAAGAUGACUCUACAGAACCGACCCUAGGAAAGGGCCGAACGUUCCAGAUUGUAUGCAGCUCUGAUGACGCCCCCAAGAAGUGUGUCAUACAAGAGCUCUCAUCUCCUCCCGCGUGGAAUAAGAAAUUGGCCGACCUCGUGUCAGGAGCCAAGAAUGGCCCCUUGACGACCCUUGUGUGCGGCCCCAAGUCUGCCGGGAAAUCUACCUUCUCCAAGAUGUUGGCAAACCGCCUCUUGACGACAGAAGCAGCGUCGACGACACGAACGGGCACCCACGGCGUGGCCGUUCUCGAUCUGGAUCCCGGACAGCCAGAGUAUGCGCCUUGUGGGACGCUGUCCCUCGUUCACGUCACUCGGCCCAACCUGAGCGCUGCUUUCACUCAUCCCAACCUCGACGACGAUGCUUACAAAGUCAUCAGAUGUCAUGCUUUGGCGUCCAUGACACCGGCUGCAGCCCCAGAGCUUUACUUGGAAUGCGUGCUGGACCUUCUGGACUACUAUCGAAGAGUGUUGCGCAAUUGCCAUCUCCUCAUCAAUACCCCUGGCUGGAUCCUGGGCACCGGACAAGACCUGCUGGUUGAGAUCAUCUCUCGGGUCAACCCUCCGGAAGUAAUCUACAUGUCUGAAGACGGUCCCGCAGACGUAGUAGAAGUCUUGCGCGGUGCGACGAAGAAGAGCUUCACUACGCUUCCCUCGCAGCCGUCGGAGUUCGCCUCUCGUACUGCUGCGCACUUGAGGGCCAUGCAAGCCAUGUCAUAUUUCCACCUGCAGGACCAGGGCAAGACGAGCGGAGGACUGAGAUCAAGCUGGAACUCUUCACCGCUGUCAUCGAUCCCUCCAUUGCAGGUACGGUAUUCUGGCUCUGGUCGAGGCAUUCUCGGCAUUUUGCCAUACGACUACCAAAUUCCACCGGAACUACUCUCACAGGCGAUCAAUGGCAUGAUUCUCGCUGCGGUUGAUGUCGAGAAUCCCAAAGCAUUUCGCAAGCUUGCCAGCGAUGCGGCAACGUCCGCUGAAGACGAGUUCACCACGAUAGAAGGGAUGGUUUCAAGGACGUCGGAGGGACUGCCCUAUAUCCCCAACCCCAACGACAUUGCCCUCGACCCCUGCUUCUCUCGCACAAUCGGCCUCGUGCUCAUCCGAGGCAUCGACACCGUCACCAAAACGCUGCAAAUUCUCACGCCUAUCUCUCUACAAACAAUAGAGCAGAUACGUUCUGAGGGCCGACAAAUCGUGCUCGUUCACGGAAGAUUCGACGCGCCGACCUGGGCUUAUACCGAAGAUCUAUACCAGCGCUCCCAGCAGGUGGGUGUUGGCGCGGACAAGGCAUUUGAGAUGGCAGGCGUCGACCCCAAUGAAGAGGAAGAAGACGACGACGAAGACGAAGUCGUAGUUGCCAGUAACGAAGAAGAAGCGGCAGUGGAAAGCGAGGCUCCCCUGGACCCAAGUGCUGGCUCCUCCACGGCCCUCCCUUGGGUCGAAGUGCUACGCGGAAGUCAGAAGCGGCCAGUCGGAUCACGCGUGUGGAGAGUACGCAGAGACCUCGGCCGCAACUUCGGCGGUGACUGA